AUCAAGAUUGAUAGGCCGUCACAUACUGCAUGGACAGGCUCGUGGUACAAAUACAGGUGAGAGGCGCAGCCUCAUCACUCGCGACAACACUUGGUAACUUGCAGAGGGAAAGGAGGACGGAGAGGGAACUUCCUACAUUUAAGACUGGAUAGAAAAAUGGCACUCCCCUUGGGUCUUCUCUGCAUCUUGUGCUUUGUUGGUUCAGUUAUCAGCCAAGACAUGACCUACGAAGAAUAUAUGGCCCAGAUCCAAGCCUGCCCUCAAGAGUGUACCUGUCCCCCCAACUUCCCCCGUGCCAUCUACUGUGACAAUAAAGGUCUGAAGAGCAUCCCCAAAAUCCCUACAAAUACCUGGUAUCUCUACUUGCAGAACAAUUUAAUAGAAGUGCUGUCAGCUGAUGCCCUGCGUAAUGCCACACAGCUCCGCUGGCUGAACCUAAACCGCAACAAAAUCACAAGUGAAGGAGUGGAAGAAGGUGUGCUGAAUGCAAUGCCUCACCUCGUGCACCUGUAUAUGGACGACAACCUCUUGUCUUCUGUGCCAUCGCCGCUGCCAGCCAGCCUAGAGCAUCUACGAGUCUCUCGCAAUCGUAUCUCCAACAUCCCUGCCGGAGUCUUCAUUGGUCUGGAUAAGCUAAACCUCCUGGACCUCCAGGGAAACAAGCUCAUGGAUGAUGCGGUGACUGAGGUGAGCCUGAAGGGUCUGAACAACCUGGUGCAAAUCAACCUGGCCAAGAACCAGCUGACGAGCAUGCCUCUAGGGUUACCGCCCACCAUGACACAGCUUUUCCUCGAUGGCAACAACAUCGAGAAGAUCCCAAUUGGCUAUUUUAAAGGUUUGCCUAAAGUGGCAUUUCUGAGGCUCAAUCACAACAAGCUUGGCAGCAGUGGAGUUCCAAAAAAUGUGUUUAAUGUCUCCAGUAUUUUGGACUUGCAACUGUCCCAUAACCAGCUGACUGAGGUGCCCAUGAUUCCCGCAGGCCUUGAACAUCUUCUCCUGGACCACAACAUGAUCAAAGGCGUGAAUGGCUCCAACAUCUGUCCCGUCUCAGUCGACACCAUUGAUGACUCUGUCAAUGAAAGUGUUCCUCAAUUGCGCUACCUCAGACUGGACGGCAACGAGAUUAAGCCGCCCAUUUCGAGGGACAUCAUCCUCUGCUUCCGUCUCCUUAGGUCCAUCGUCAUCUAAGGAAAGAGAGGAAAAUCAAAUCAAGCAAGCAACGUGGAUGCUGGUGUGGGAAAAAAGGACACUUGUGAAACC